GUUGAAUACGUCAUCAACCUUAGACCGUUCCUUGAUCAUGAAUGUCACAUUGGGUCUGUCGUCCACCAGGGAAUUUUAAAUGUCUAUUUGUCGCAGGUUUAUCCAGCAAUUGUGUAUACGAGAAGUUAAUCCAGUUUAGAGUCCCUAUAACUCAGAUCUCUACUACUUUUCUUGCAUGAAGACGUGAGGAAUAACCAUGGUUCAUCUCUCAUCCCUGCUGUUGAAGACGUACCACGGGGGACAUGUGGUCAUCAGAAUGUCUCUGGGCGGCGCAACCAACCGACCAUUUUAUCGCAUUGUGGCCGCAUACAACAAGAGAGCUCGGGACAGCAAAUACAUAGAGCAGUUAGGAUCGUACGAUCCUCUGCCCAAUAUUCACAAUGAGAAGUUGGUCAGUUUCAAUUACGACCGGAUUAAGUAUUGGAUUGGCUGUGGGGCACAUCCAACCAAGCCUGUGGCCAAACUUUUAGGGCUGGCAGGAUUUUUCCCUCUCCACCCCAUGACGGUGACGGAGGCGGAGAGGCGAAUGACGAAAGCUGAGCUAGAGGCUGCCGCUGGCGCCGCCGCCGCCGAGAACCUAGAGGAGGCCACAGAGCAUCGGCCGGAGCAGUAGGCCGUCGCUGUCCGCCGUGCUCCAGAAUGGCCACGGGCCAUCAGAAAGACUGUGUGUUUCCUGGAGCACACUCCUGUAAGACGGAGGUUUCCUGCUCUCUCUGAGGUGUAUGUUGAGCAUAUUUAGUUGUCCCGCCACCUUGCACUUGUUUAUUUUUUUUUUCCUGAUUUAGCCGUUUUGAAAAGAGACGCUCAUUACACACAAUGGAUGUCAUUCAAUAACUUUCAGCAAUGUGAAAUCAUAGUCUUUUCUAGAAACUCACAGUUGGCAGCGUUAUGUUAUGAUCCCCAGUGUUAGUUUGCUUCUUUUUUUAUUUUGUAUGAAAAGGUAGUAUUAAAAGGAAGUGAACUGUA